UUUUCCCGUUUCUCGCGGGCAAGAUGGCGGCGUCCAGGGGGCUGCGGUUGCUGCGCGAUGGCUGGCCGCGGCGGUGGCUCCACGCGGGCCCCUCGGCGGCGCCGCCGGUGCCGAAUCCUCUCCCUGACGCCGCCGCCCCGUCGCUUUACCCUCCGGUGGUGGCGUCGCUGACGGCGAAGAGCAAGGCGGCCAAGCAGCGCCGCCGGGAGCGCUUCUACCAGGAGAUCCACGACGCGCCCUCGGUGGAGGAGAAGCUGCGCAUCUACGGGAAGCGGCAGCGGCGCAAGUACGUGGUCUACCCGCAGACGUGGGCCGUCAACGCGGACCGCUGGUACCAGGACUACACCAAGACCGUCUUCGUGCCGGGGCUGCCCGCCCCCGUGGCGGCAGGAGCAGCAGAAGGGGAAGGAGGUGGCUGGGACCUGGCCGAGCUGCGCUCCGCGGUGUGCGACGCGCUGCUCCAGGAGCACUUCUACCAGCGCAAGCGGCGCCCCUUUCUCUUCCGCGCCAUCGAGCAGGGGCCGUCGCCUUUCCUCACGCAGCUGGCGCUCAGCCUGACGGCCCGACUGGCCAGCGCCAACCCGGUGCUCGGCUCCUCCUCGGCCCUGGACCUCAAACCAGAAGUAAAUUUCUAUUGGCUGCGUGGUGAGACGGUGGUUCCUCGUGGACAUCGAAAGGGUAGAAUUGACCCACUGAGAUUUCAGAUUGAUGAUAAACCUCACUGUCAGAUUCGUAUACGAAAACAGCUUUCAGAGUUUGUGCCCCUGGACUAUGUGGCUCCUGGAGAUAUUCCUGUUAUUAAUGUCUUGCCUGACAAGCUUCCAAUGUUCAAACGACAGUAUGAUAAUAAAAUAUUUAUAGGAUCAAAUGUAGCAGAUCCAUGUGCCUAUGGGCAUACGCAGUUUCAUUUAAUUCCCGACAGGCUGAAAAGGGACAGGCUUAUAAAAAUGAAUCUCUUCGAUCAGGUUGAAGUUCCUUGCCGUGCUAAUGCAAUUGCAAGUCUUUUUGCUUGGACUGGAGCACAAGCAAUGUACCAAGGAUUCUGGAGUGAAGCAGAUGUGACCCGGCCUUUUGUAUCGCAGGCUGUGAUUACCGACGGAAGAUACUUCAGCUUCUUUUGUUACCAGUUGAAUACCUUGGCUCUAUCUGCUGAUUCUGAUAAAAAUAACCCAAGAAAGAAUAUUUGCUGGGGAACUGAAAGUAGGCCGCUGUACGAAGCAAUCGAAGAAAACAAUGUGAAAGGAUUUAAUGAUGAAAUUCUAGUUCAACUGGUUAAAUUUCUCUUAAACAGACCAAAGGAAGUAUAACAUGAAAUUCAGGUACAUCUGAAUCCUCUCAAGAUACUCCAAUGCCUAAAGUGAAAUUUUGUCUGGACUUUCAAAAGUGCAAUCAAUCUAAGCACUAUUCCUAUGUUUGGCUCUUUGGAUCAAUGAGCUGUACAAGAGCAAUGCUGGUGCUCUUAAGUGCUUUGGCUGAUUUAGUUGUAUGGCAAUAAACACAUUUACGUUGCUAUUUAAAUGAAAUAGCAAGACCGACA